CACAACUGCACCAGCAUUACUGCCCCCUCCUCCUCCUCCUCUUCUCCUCCUCCACAUACCGCUAGUCACCUGGUGAGGACGGACACAAGGCAAGACGAGGGACAGACAGCAUGGGCAACAUUAGGAGCGAUAGCAGCAGCAGUCUCAAAUCACAUGUAAUUCUACUGCUUCUCUGACUUGCUUGCCUCUUUCCAGAGAGAGAGAGCGAGAGAGCGAGAGAGCGAGAUAGCGAGAGAAGAGAGAGAGAGAGAGAGAGAGAGAGAGAGAGAGAGAGAGAGAGAGAGAGAGAGAAAUAAUUUGGAGCCAUUGUCCCCUUCAAGAAAAAAAGAGAGACGGGGGAAACGAGGGAUCACUGUUAAACGAGAGGAGCAGUGAGAAGGAGAAGUCAUAGGAUGAUUUUGGGAGGUAUAAACCGUGCGGGGGCGAUGCCUGCAUUCCUGCGGAACCCCACUAUGAUCCAGCCACACCUGGAUAUGAAGCCCUUCCUCCAGUUCCCUAUGGACACAGCUCCACCACAACACAGCAUGGGCCUGUUUCACAACUUCAACACCGUGAGUAGUAUAUACAAAACCAUGGACCCGGUUCAGAAGGCGGUGAUUAACCAUACCUUUGGCGUUCCGCUGGUGAAGACCAAGAGGCCCAUCAUCUCCUGUAACGUCUGCCAGAUACGCUUCAACUCUGAGAGCCAGGCAGAAGCCCACUAUAAAGGCAACCGCCACGCCCGGAGAGUCAAAGGCAUUGAGACCUCCAAGAGUCGCCCCCAGGAGGGUGACAAGCCGGCCCCACCUGUCCCCCCCAUCUCCUCGCCGUCCGACUCUGGUGGACCCCAUACAGCCACCUCGGACAUCAGCGACCCCUGCAACACAGACGAACCACGCCCUCUACCACCACAGUUUAAUGGGGGACCUCUCCUGGCCCCGCCUGGGCCCCUGCCUCCCCUCUCCAUCUCUCCCCCCUCUGUGUGUCCCAUGCUGACCGCCCCCACCCUCACCCCUCCUCCUCUGCUCCCCCAAUCCUCUGACUCUCCCCUGGCUUUCGGCACCACCAACCCAGACCAGAGUGGUGGUCCAGUGGCCCCUGUGGCUCCCGGGGCCCCAGCCGGCCCAGAGACAGAGGAGGACAAAGCCAAGAAGCUCCUCUACUGCUCACUCUGCAAAGUAGCCGUCAACUCCCUCUCACAGCUUGAGGCUCACAACAAAGGUACCAAACACAAAACUAUCCUGGAGGCUCGCAGUGGGCUGGGUCCCAUUAAGGCGUACCCUCGGCUGGGACCCAAACUCCCGGGGGAGCUGGGAGGGGGGCCGCUGGACCCCAACACUCAGGAACGCACCUUCCACUGUGAGAUCUGCAACGUGCGGGUCAACUCCGAACUGCAGCUCAAACAGCACAUAUCUAGUCGAAGGCACCGGGACGGAGUGGCAGGGAAACCCAAUCCACUCCUCAGCCGACACAAGAAGCACAGGGGAGCUGACCUCACGUCCUCUCUGACCUUCUCUAAGGAUCUCUCCAAAUGUUUGGGGGCUGGGCUCUUGCCCAGUCCCCUGGCGGUUGCUGCGGCGAUGGCCGCCGCCGCUUCCUCGAACCACCAAUUGGCUCAGCUUCGUGCCGCAGCGUCUUCCGUCCACCACCACCCGCAUCACCACCACCACCACCUAUUACAGGGCCCACCUCUCAGCCACGCCAUCCUAAGACCCGCCCCCGGUCCCAUGCGCACCUCCCACGGGCCAAUCCUCUUCUCUCCUUACUGACUCCACCCCCUCAACCUCGGCCAGUCAGGAGCAGCCACUCCAAAAGCACACUGUGAAGAAAUAAUCAACAUAAACAACAAACAGCAAUUGAUAGGGUAAACAAACAAAUCAUCGGUAAACAAAUCAAACGUAAAAACAUCUAGAGGAGAAGAAAAGAAAGGGAAGAGGGCGCCUGAAAGAAGGAGAUGAUUUUUCCUUUUUCCCUGACCUGAAACUCUCCCUCCAUCUCAUAGACUUGUGACUGUGAGUGAUAGACCGAUGGAGAGAGACAGAGAGCAAUAGGAGGAGCGAUACACAAUAUGCAUUGGAUGGACUGUUCAUCUCUCACCUCCUCACCUCCCUCUCCCCCACACACUGUGAGAUCCAUCACUGCAUAUAGCUACAGAACAAACUGAUGAGACUGAUCACACACACACACACAUAUAAACACCCCUCCACUGCAGCUAACUGUUCCAGUGCAGUAUGUGCUGGGCCACACUUCGUGUAUGGUUUCCUCAUCAUUCUGGUCUAACGAGUACUUACUGUACUACUCACCUCCACCUCCUAUGCACCUCCAAACAAAGAGAAUAAUGUUCCUAUAGUAUGUAAGGACAGUAGGCUAGCUGCUUUUCAGUGGUCUUCUUCUUCGCUAAUAUAAACGUGUUUAGCCGUGUUUAAGUAUAGCAAUACUCCCCGAUACUGUCAAUUCCUCUUCCCGCUCUCGUGGGCACAAACGAAACAGGCAACCUUGUUCCUCAUUGUGGGUGACCCUUAGGUUCUCUUCCAAUUGGUGGACCUAUAGGUCCUUGAUAGAUUAUUACUGUGGGUGACAACAGGAUUGUGAUGGUCGCAUCUUGACGUGUGAAGCGUGGGGGUGGGGAAAAGGAGAAGAGAACAGGACUGUAAGGUGAUUCUGAAAAAAGGUGCUAUCUAGAACCUAAAAGGGUUCUUUGGCUGUCCCCGUAGAAGAACUCUUUGAAUAACCCUUU